AAUGUCAUUUCUCGGAUAGACGUCUGUAGACGUCCUUCAUCUUUGCUGUCGCACGUAAAAGUGCGUUGAAGAUUUUUUGAUACUUUGGGUGUUGUAUUUAAAUCUUUUAAAAUGGCUCAACAUUUGAAUAUUUUAUUAUUAGUAGCAUGUCUAGUGCUCACUAUAACGGCAGCCUAUGAGAAGUCUGACAUAGCUUCAGCUCGAAUUGAGAGUUGUAGGGGAUGUUCCCUCAACCGUUUACCUGAAGUGAAAGGUUUUAUAAUGGAGGAUGCACCCAAAUAUGAGCGCCUAGAUGUUAAAUUCAUUACGGGGGCGGAUCCCGAGUUAAUUCUCUUGGACAAAAGCGAUCGCGAGUUGGAGCGCAUCCUGCUUUCGCGCAUGACUCGUUCCGAAUGUAAUGAACUCGUACAAAGCAAGGGCUUUUACAAAAAAAAUACUAAUUCUGAAUUUUAAUGAUUAAGUAAAAGUAACUAAAUACAGCAUUUAAACAGUUGCCAUUGUUUUACAUUCCAUUUUAGUGCAGAUUAAAGUAUUGUAAUAAGAUUUCA